ACACGCGGUUUAAUAUUAGUGUCGUGUGACAUUUGCACAAGGCGGUGUAUGCAUAUUUUAUUUAUAAAAUUUCGUAAUCCGUUACGGAUAGCGAAUUGCGAUAUUUCACUCUUCUAACAUCAAGCGAUGAAUUUCCGCGUUGACAAAGGAUCUUUCCUGAACCGAUACGCGGACAAGGAAUUAGCCGCAGAUGCGGAAGAGGAGUGUAAAAAAUCCGAAGACAGCUGCAACGCCGACAGAGAUACGAUCAACGAUCCGCUGGUAAUACCCGGCGAGUGUGGAUCGUGCUUGAAACCUACAACGAAAGAGGAACUUCUUUCGAUGGUGUUGAAGUGCGCGAAUUUUGCCGCCGAGAAGCACAGCAAUCAAAGGAGAAAAGACGCCGCUGAAACACCGUACAUAAAUCAUCCCUUGGGGGUCGCGAAUAUUCUGGCAAACGAGGGAAGCGUCUACGAUCCGAUCGUGAUACUCGCAGCUUUGCUUCACGACACGGUCGAAGACACGGAAACUUCGUUCGAAGAGAUAGAGAAAGAGUUCGGGGAAACGGUGCGGAAAGUUGUCGCCGAGGUGACGGACGACAAAAGUCUUCCCAAGGCGGAGAGGAAACGUUUGCAAAUUGAAAACGCAACGAGCCGAAGCGACCGAGCCAAACUGGUCACGUUGGCCGAUAAGAUUUACAACUUGCGCGAUAUUCAGAAAAGUCCGCCGCUAGGAUGGAGCGAUAUAAGAGUCAGGGAAUACUUUCAGUGGGCAAAAAAAGUCGUGGACAAUUGUCGUGGAACAAAUUCAGCCUUGGAAAAUACGCUUGAUAGUAUAUUUGCGAAACAGUGCAAGGAGACGAGGAAAAAUUGCAAUUGCAUAAAAAGACUAUCUCCCGUCUGCGACGAAUCCUAUUUGUGCAUUUAACGUGCUAACUUAUCGACAUACAAUUAAUAUAAUACAUUUACUCAAAGCAAGUUCGUUAUAUGUAUCAAAAAUACUUUUUCACGAAAUUAUAAAAUACAAUACAAUGUGAAAUCAAUUCCAUGUGGUUUGAACCCAGAUGCGUGAAAACGUGGAGCGUUGCAUAUAAUUUAUACUAUGACAAUGAAUCAUGUACACAAAAAUUUAUAUUUGGAUUAAUUUGGCACAGUUUUUUUCAAUUUAUACGUUCAUGUGGACAAAUAAUAACUGCACAGGCAAAAAAUAAUAACCGAUACGGAAAAAGACAUUCCCAGGAAUAGCGUAAAUGAAUUUGAAGUAAAUAAACUUUACAUUGAUCUGUA